AUGUGUCAUUCAAUUAUCUGGUACUAUGCCAUGUGUCAGCACCAAGAUCUGGGUGCAAGCUACCAAAUCGCGUGCCACAGAGCCUUCAGAACGGGCAACGAGUGCACCGAAGAGCAGCACAGUACAAUCUACCUCUCGCUUAUAGGGAAGUGUCUACAAUGCAAGCUUGAGCAGUUGAUCUUACGCUAUUCUGUCUUCCGUGAAUGGCGCAGAGAAGACCUUCUGGCUGCACUCAACGAUGCAUUCAGAUGUAGCAACGAAGACGGCUGGACAAUCGAUGACAGCGACGCCGAGGAACUUGAUAUAGAGACGUGGGUCCCCCAGUCUCCCAGGUCUUUCGCUGACCGAAUUGAGAACCGGGAGACCCGGGCAUCCUUCCACAGGGGCCCGGCACGCAUGCCGACUCUAGUGCAACAUUCCUCGCUUCAUGUUUCUUCUGUCGCUUUGGUUGGUUAUACUGAUAAUUACGCAGACGAUGAAGAGGAGUAUGUCUACGAGCCUUUGCCGGAACCUCGGCCCCAGAUGCGCCGGAGCUCGCGCUCUUGGAUUCCUCUUCCUACUAGGUUGGUGCGCAACCAGCAGAAUCCUACAUAUCUGGCAUUUAUCAGUGAUGACGAUGUGUCGGAUACAGAGUCCUUGCUCGGCACUUCUAGGCCGAAGGAGGAUCCUCCGACUUGGCGUUCCUGGAUACCCCUCCCUGUUAAGAAAGUGUCGGGGCAAUAG